CGAACGCAGCCGGUUGCUUUGGCCCCACUCAUUUGCCGCCGACCCAUCCACCUCUCGAGGCUUCGCACGUCCGACCUGGGUGCGCCGCUUAUUUUCGGCAAUCGCGGCCAUCAUCUGCCGAAAAUUGAGCGAUCAGUCACCAAGAUCGGACGAGCAUGGUGUACCGCGACGACGAGACGCAAGCGCUGGUGCCCAAGGCGCGGAGCACGACGCCAUGCCUCAUGCUCCUCACGUGCUGCUCGUGCAUCGGCGGCUUCCUCUUCGGCUACGAUACGGGUGUCAUCUCGGGCGCCCUCGUCUCGAUGCAAGGCUCGGACGGUGGCUUCUCGCUCACCACGCUGCAGUCGGAGACUGUCGUCUCGGCGGCCAUCGUGGGCGCGAUCCUCGGCGCGGCCAUGGGCAGCUACGGCAACGACCGCUUCGGGCGCAAGCCCAUGAUCUUGGCCUCGUCCACGCUCUUCACGCUGGGCGCCGCUGCCAUGGGCCUUGCGUCGACACUCUCCAUCUUGAUCACUGGUCGCUUCGUCGUCGGCGUUGCCAUUGGCGUCUCGUCCAUGACAGGUACGACGCCCACCAACGCCUCACCAUACUGGUUGGUCUUCGUAGUCCCCGUGUACAUUGCCGAAGCGUCCCAUCCAGCUUCGCGGGGGACGCUCGUGUCGCUCAACACGCUCAUGAUCACCGGUGGUCAAUUCGCCGCCAGCGUCUUUGACGGCUUUCUCAGCACGACGCCGCAAGGCUGGCGCUACAUGCUCGGCCUCGUCGUGGUUCCGUCCGUGCUGCAAUUCAUUGGCUUCCUCAUGCUGCCAGAAAGCCCGCGCUGGCUCAAUGACAAGGGGUUCCGCGUCGCGGCGCAGGACGCGCUUCUGCGGAUUCGCGGCUCGGCCGACAUUUACGACGAGUGGGAGCUCAUGGUGGCCGAGGCCGACGCGUCCGAUUUGCGCGAAAAGAACUUUGUGGCCGACCUCAAAGCACCGGCGGUGCUGCGCGCCUUGACGCUUGGCUGUGGACUCCAAAUUCUGCAGCAGCUCUGCGGUAUCAACACGGUCAUGUACUACGGCGCGACCAUUGUUCAAAUGGCGGGCUUCAACGACCCGUCGACCGCGAUCUGGCUGGCGGCGCUCGUGGCCUUCAGCAACUUUGCCUUUACGAUUGUUGGCAUCUUCCUCGUGGACCGUGCGGGGCGCCGGCCGACGACGCUUUGGAGUCUAGCCGGUGUCGUGCUCGCGCUAACGGCUCUUGGCACGGCAUUUCACCUCGCCGAGUCGGUGUCAAUCCCUGUGCAUGGCGUCGGCGCCUGCGCGUCGUUUGGCACAUGCUUUGACUGCGUCGCGAACCCUGGCUGCGGCUACUGCGCGGCCACCAACACGUGUCUGCCGGGCUCGGACGUGACGCCGCUAGACGCGUUCCUUUGCGAGAAUAAGCGCCUCAACUGGUCGUUCCACACGUGCCCGACCAAGUCGAGCGUCUACAGCUGGCUCAUUGUCGGCGCCAUGUUUGCGUACCUUGCGUGUUUUGCGUCCGGCAUGGGCUGCAUGCCGUGGACGAUCAACGCCGAGAUUUACCCCACGAGCGUCCGUAGCGCCGCGAUCGGCCUGGCGACCACGUCCAACUGGGUGGCCAACCUCGUGGUGUCGUACACAUUCCUCUCGAUCACCGAGGCCUUGUCGCCGGCCGGGGCGUUCUACCUCUACGCGGGCAUUGCGGCCCUUGGGUUCAUUUGGCUCUGCAAGGCGCUUCCUGAGACGAAAGGGCUUGCGCUCGAAGACAUCCAGCGCAUCUUUGAAGACGACAAGGCGCAGUGAUGGCGCUGGUAUAGAGAAUUCUGCUUACGUGUUCGAGUUGAACAGCAUCAGUUUGCACUUUUGUCGUCCUGAGGAUUAGGAAAUACACGGUCCUUGAGCCACAGAAAGAACGCACAGGACGACGGCACAGAGCCUGCACAAAUGUAAAAGUACUCGCC